AUGUCCACCCCCCACAGCUAUGGAAUCACUCUACCCAACGGCUGCACCAUAGUCCACGGACAGGGCGCAAACAUCAAACACCCCUUUCGCGACAUCCCUGUGGAGAUGCACGAGCUGGACCCCGGCGGCCAAAGGGCCUUUUCGGGCCAGUUGGGGUUAAUUGAGUUCACGACCGACUUCCGACUGCCGCGACAUGUGCACAUUUCUUCUUCUUCUUCUUCGCCUUCGACCUCGAUAGAGGCAGACACAGACACAGACACACGUCCUGCAACUGCGCAGGCGCAGACGCAAAAGUUCAUCGCCGAGCGCAUCGUCGUCCUCAACGGCGUCGCCCUGGUCGAGCUCAACGGCACCAUCUACGUAAUCCCCCCCAAGACGCUGGUGACCAUCGCCCCGGGCGUGCCGCACACCUGGACCGCAUGCCCGGCCGGUGUGUCUGUGCCUGUCGCGGGUGGCGCCGCCGCCGCCGCUCCUGCCGCUCAAGUGUACUCUGACGGCACGUUCCUCAUGCUGUACGAGUACGAGGAACCCACGGCUUUUUUCCCCACGCGCCAGACCCGCACGUUGGGCUCUGUGGACGAGUACGAGCGCUGCGACGACCUCGAGGCCAUCAGGAUCCCGAGGCUGAGCGCCGACGAGGUCACCCGACGGUGCUCCUUCGUCUGGGACAGGACGCUGAGCUGA